CUUCCCGCGGGGCCUAGACGCGCGCUCCGCUACCCCUCCUGUAGCUGAUUUCCAGUUUGCGCGCGCGCCCGGGCGGAUGGGACUGUGCCCAAACCGAUCACGUGAGUGGUUUAGGCCGCACACUCCCGGGGGCAGCCAUUUUCUUAAGGGCUGUUACUUUACGCUAACGGCUUUCUCCGAGCACAGUACUGAGAUGAAAAAAUCUACAGUGUUUCUGAGUCUAGUAUUAACUCUGGGGACUAGACGAAAAGAAAAAGCCUUGCCACUUAGACCCAGAAGUAUGUUAACCAACGUGUCCUUCAAUUUUUCUGUCCUUUGAAAAACACUACUUAUAAACAAGCACGGAAGAUGAGAUCUUAACCUUCAAAUAUACGAUCCAAGCAACACAAUGCAGAUGGAAUUGUUAGGGGCUGACAAGCUCUAGUGAGCGCCAAGAAUCCAGUCCUAGCCCUUUAAGAACGCGCGGAAGGGGCGGGGUCCAUACCGGAAGUUGUAACGCUAGACCGAAGUCCGGUAGGUAAAGGGCGGAAAUAGCGCGUACGGUUCAACAAUUAUGGCGCAGGAAGAAGAUGUUAGAGAUUACAAUUUAACUGAGGAGCAAAAAGCAAUCAAGGCCAAGUAUCCUCCAGUUAUUCGGAAGUACGAAUAUUUGGAUCACACAGCAGAUGUCCAGCUGCAUGCGUGGGGGGAGACUCUGGAGGAGGCGUUCGAGCAGUGUGCCAUGGCCAUGUUUGCCUACAUGACCGACACCGGGACUGUGGAGCCCCUCCAGACCGUGGAAGUCGAAGCCCAAGGAGAUGACUUGCUGUCUCUUCUGUUUCACUUUUUGGAUGAAUGGCUUUAUAAGUUCAGUGCUGAUGAAUUCUUCAUACCCCGGGAAGUGAAAGUACUUAGUAUUGAUCAAAGAAAUUUCAAAUUACGCUCAAUUGGGUGGGGAGAAGAAUUUUCACUUUCCAAGCAUCCUCAGGGAACAGAAGUCAAAGCAAUAACAUACUCAGCAAUGCAGGUCUAUAAUGAAGAGAAACCAGAAGUUUUUGUGAUCAUUGACAUUUAAGAAAGAAACAAAGAAAGAAAGAAAUGAAAGAGAGAGAGAGAAAAGACUUCUAUGAAGAGCUGUUUUCUUUUAUCCUGAGAAGAUAUAAUUAUUUUUUCUGGUAUCUUUUGACAAAUGGAAAUUUACAGAACAGAAAAUUUUAACUUAAAGUGU